GAAGCUUGAAGUCAAGAUGGAGAGUGCUAAUUCCUCAGUUGCUGCUGUGGGAAACGGAGACAUGGGAUCCCAGCGGGACAUGAGCCUGGUGCCUGAGCGGCUUCAGAGACGUGAACAAGAGCGGCAACUGGAGGUGGAAAGGCGGAAGCAAAGGCAACAGAACCAGAAGGUGGAGGAGGAGAAGAGCGACUUUUUCGCCGCUGCCUUCUCCCGGGAGCGAGCGGCGGUGGAAGAGCUUUUGGAGGGCGAGCAGUCCGCCGAGCGGCUGGAGGAGGCAGCCGCCCGACUUCAGGGGCUGCAGAAACUUCUCAACGACUCAGUUUUGUUCCUGGCCGCCUACGACCUGCGGCAGGGACAGGAGGCGCUGGGGCGGCUGCAGGCAGCCCUAGCUGAGCGGCGCCAGGAGCUGCAGCCCAAGAAGCGCUUCGCUUUCAAGACCCGGAGGAAGGAUCCCGCACCCGCCAGUAAAGUAGACGCGGCUCCUGGUGUCCCAGUGGCUGAAGGCAUUCAGGCCUCUGCACCUCCCUUGAAGGAGGAGCGAAGCUUCGGCUCCAACUGGGUCUGUGGCUUCUCCAGUCUAGAGUCUCAAGUCUUGGAGAAGAGAGCAGAAGAGCUGCACCAGCGCGACGUCCUUUUGACUGAGCUGAUCAACUGCACGAUCAGAUUGUACGGCAAUCCCAACACCCUGCGGCUGACCAAGGCCCGCAACUGCACGGUGCUCUGCGGGCCGGUGUCCACCUCUGUAUUCCUGGAGGACUGCAGUGACUGCGUGCUGGUCGUGGCCUGCCAACAGCUCCGCAUCCACACUACCAAAGACACCCGCAUCUUCCUGCAGGUGAUCAGCAGGGCCAUUGUAGAGGACUGCAACGGGAUCCAGUUCGCCCCUUAUACCUGGAGCUACCCGGGGAUCGACAAGGACUUCGAGGACUCUGGUUUAGAUAGAAGCAAAAAUAACUGGAACGACGUUGACGACUUCAACUGGCUGGCGCGGGAUGUGGCCUCCCCAAACUGGAGUAUUCUUCCUGAAGAGGAGCGAAUGAUCCAGUGGGACUAAGCACUUGUCACACUCUGUUCUUCACUCCUACCAGAUACUUUCCAUUGUGGGACUGACUCCAGCUAAUGGACUCCAAAGUUUACUUAUUAUCACAUUUUGCAUGUUUUCCGUAUAUGAAGGCUUGAAAUUGUAGGCGCCUACUUGUGAUUUCCAUUAAAUUCACGAUAGAGGCCUAAUGCUUUAAAACAAUUUUGUUAUUUUGGUACUGCCUAGGAGCUUUUAUUUGACUAUGAUAGUUUGAAGCAAUAAGGGGAAAAGAGUGUGUGUGUGUGUGUGUGUGUGUG